AUGGAGUGCCCACGAGUCCUACGGGUGGUGGACCAGGUCUCCUUACCGUCCUGGAUGCAAGAGGGGGAGAGUGCAGAAACCCACCUGAAUACCCUGCGCCUGGACAUCGCAACAGCAGGAGCAACCCCAGCCAGGAAGUCGACCAGGAAGCCGAAAUUUGCCAAAGUCCUCCAGGCAGGCCCUGAGGAAUUGCCAGAGGACUCCAGCGAGCAAGACCCCGAGACGGCGGAAAAAGGCCGGGUCCUGCCUCUCUUCCCUCCAGGUAUGCUGGAGGAUGGGAAGAAGUUUGACUCCUCCCGCGACAGGAACAAGCCAUUCAAGUUUGUGAUGGGCAAGCAGGAGGUUAUCCGCGGCUGGGAAGAAGGGGUCGCCCAGAUGAGUGUCGGGCAGCGCGCCAAGAUGACCAUCUCGCCAGACUACGCCUACGGCCUCACCGGCCACCCGGGAAUCAUCCCCCCUAAUGCCACUCUAAUUUUCGACGUGGAGCUUAUUAAAAUGGAAUGACAAGAGGCACCGCUGGUCCUGUGUCCCUGCUCCGGGGUUUGGCACAGGACGGGAAUCCGGAAACCUCCUUACUUCGAGAGGAAUGCACACGAAUUUGUAUGGAGCUUUCCCCGGCUUAUCCACUACACUCUCGGCGUAACCCUCCAAACCCCGGUUUGAACGUGUUUGGAUCACUCAGCUCUUGGCUUCCGACGCCUCCUUUCUUGUCCUCCCCCGGCCUUUUCCCCCCCUUUGCCGUUUUUUGACAUUGUUAAAUCCACAUUGCUGUAAAACCUCGGCUAUCUAUUUUGUCGGUCAGAUUCUUUAAUCUUAUUUGGGGGGGGGGAGAGGUUGGGGUGUUUUUUUUGGCGUAGACUUGAGUUGUGUGUGAUUGAGCAUUUGCUAGUUUUACGUCUGCCGACCGGUUCACUUUAUAUAGGAAACGAUUGCGCGAAUACGGCAAAAUCUCACCCUUUUCUCGCUGUUGCUUUUUUGGGGAAGUUUCAUCUGUUGCGUGGAACUGAUCCGCCGCCGCAAAGCCGUACGAAGCAGUCUGAGGAGCGGUGGGGGGAAGCCGCGUAGUCAUAGGAUUUGAUACGGUUCUCUGCCUGAAAUUUGGGGCUCACAGCCACUCCCUCCUCCCCCAACCCCGUGGCCUUUCCUCCCUUCAAUCUUGGGGGAAAGGGCAACUUUCACAGUGACACAGCAGUAACCUUUUUAUGCUGGGGGGUCGUCCUUGCUCAUCCACCCCCGAGUUAUGGAUCUUCCCCCAACACCCCCUUGCCAAUCUUUGGUGUCUUUUCUACUGGAUUUUCAGGACAUUUUUAACCUCUAGCUUUCUGAAUUCCACAACUAGCUAAAUUCCACAACUUUUGGAAGGUGCUGUUCUUUUUUUUUUUUCCCCUUUCCCCUUUUAGGGCACGGGGACGAAUCCAGCCUUUCCCCCAGCCUAUCAGUGCA